UCUUCUGUAGCUUGUUUUUGUGACGCUUGCAUGGAACAAGUUUUUUUUUGAACUUUUCUUUCUUCUUCUUCUUCUUUUUUCGAAAUGGGAACAUUCUGUCUAUGUGCAUAUUUAAUAGUUGCAACUGAGCUACUCUUGUAACCAAGGACAAUAUCAUUUGAUAUUCUUGUUCUUGGUGCUGUACUCAUCGCCGUCCUUGAUGUUGUUCAUCUCAAACUGUUGUGAAACAAGUUCACUGAAGACUUGUUUCUUCUGGACUGGAAUGCUGGACGUGUAGGCUGGGAUGGGAAAUACUUGCGUGUCGUUCACGGUUCACCAAUGGCUCCAUUGUUUUAAAGCUCUGUAGACAGCAAAGCGUGGCUACAUUGGGCCAAGUGUUCGAAGGAAUUUGAUAUUCGAGCCCUGCGAGUUACUUGAAGGUCUCGGGUUUUUUUCCUUCUUUCCCCUCCAAGCAAAAGAAGAAAGACGGGUGUCACCCCCCCCUCCCCUCUGCCUCGGAUUUUUCUGCACCCGUGAACAGAAUGGACUUUGUAUGAUUGAUCGUUGCGCGGCGAUCUGGAAAUAGAGGUUCUUGCUCAAUGAGGACUAAAACUGUAAAUAGGAUUCGGGGCCGCUCAAGGAAAGAGAACUUCUACGGUACUGAUGUUGAACAGGAUGCUGCUGUCAAACUUGCUCAAGAACGUGCUGAGAUAGUUGCCAAGUACGACCGAGGACGUGAAGGAGCCCAGAUCGAGCCUUGGGAAGAUGCUGACUACCUGCUUUACAAAGUUACCGACAGAUUUGGUUUCUUGCACCAGGAGGAGUUACCAAUUCACGAUGCAGCAUCUGAGAAGCAAAAGCAGCUUGAGAUCGAAAGGACUACAAAAUGGUUGAAGAUGUUAAAAAGCUGGGAGAAAUACAAGAACACAGAUAAGUUUCACAGGCGAAUCUAUAAAGGAAUUCCAUUGCAGCUGAGAGGUGAAAUCUGGUCCCUGUUGCUCGAUGUCCCAAAAAUGAAAGAAGAAAUGAGAGGUUAUUAUAACACUUUAAAAACUCGAGCUAGAGGAACCUCUCCAGAUAUCCGGCAAAUAGAUCUUGAUGUUAAUCGGACCUACCGGGAUCACAUCAUGUUCAGAGAUAGAUACGGAGUAAAGCAACAAUCUUUGUUCCAUGUCUUAGCUGCAUAUUCUGUUUAUAAUACGGAGGUUGGAUACUGUCAAGGGAUGAGCCACAUAACCGCACUGCUCCUAAUGUACAUGAAUGAAGAAGAUGCUUUCUGGGCGUUGGUGAAACUGCUCUCGGGGCCCAAGCAUGCUAUGCAUGGGUUUUUUAUUCCUGGUUUUCCUAAGCUGUUGAGGUUUCAAGAGCAUCAUGACAAAAUAAUGAAGAAAUUUUUGUCCAAGCUUAAGCAACAUUUUGAUUCCCAGGAGAUCAACACCAGCUUUUACACAAUGAAGUGGUUUUUCCAGUGUUUCCUUGACCGUACUCCCUUUAGGUUAACCCUCAGGAUCUGGGACGUCUACAUACUUGAAGGAGAGCGAGUUCUUACUGCCAUGGCCUACACCAUUCUGAAACUGCACAGAAAACACCUGGUGAAAUUGCAGAUGGAAGAACUGGUCCAGUUUCUCCAGGAGACUCUUGCCAAAGAUUUCUUCUACGAUGAUGAUUUUGUAAUAGAACAGCUCCAGAGCUCCAUGGCAGAACUGAAACGCGCAAAGAUGGACCUCCCUGUAGCAGAUGAAUACGGGAUUUUUCAUUUAUACGUUUGGAGAACGCACACGUACCUAUUUUUCUUUGGCUUUUGUGUUUUAUUUCAGUUUAACCAACUAAUCCUCCAGCAGGCCUCUGUGCUGCCCGGGCUUCUUUCUGAUUUUUGGAGUGGCUGCCAAGUGGGUUGAAUUUGGGAGGUUGAUGUGGCUUCUUUGCUUCUCUGGGUGGUUUGAGCUGUGUGAUUUAUGCUGUUGUAUUUCUUAUUGUGUUUUUAGACCAUCAAACCAUAACUAUUCCCUUUCCUGACAACCACUUAGAAUUGUUAGAGAUGCAUGCAGCAUUUAAAUGCAUGCCUGUGCUGAAGGGUGAUGUAUUUUUUCCCCCUGGAAAUUUUGAUAUCCUUAUUUAUUUCCUUCUUUAUUUCCUCUCACUGCCUUUCUUUUAAUCAGUUGAGGAGUUUCCAAAACAUGGUGGCAUAAUCAACAUUUUAAACUCAAUAAAAAGCAUGAUUGUAUAGACAUCAGCAUAUCAUAAUUUACAAGCUAGGAGUUGCACAUUCCUUUGGUGAGGAAAAUAACCCAAACAAGGAGAAAGAGAAGCGGAAGCUGCUUAGUUUUAGAGACACACAGACUGAAGGUUUUUCUGAACUACGGCUAGUUGUGAAGAUAAGGACUUCCUUCUAUCUGGUAAAUUCUAUUAUAACGUUGUGUUGUGAUGUUUCUUUUAUUUCCACGUCACUGAUUGCAGUGAUCUGUUCGGCCUUGUGUUAGAAAAAGCCAAAAUUCCAUUUUCAAUACAGUUUUAAGUCAUGUGAAUAGCGUGAUUUGCUUUUCACUACCCUGUUUCCCCAAAAAUAAGACCCAAUCGGAAAAUAAGGCCUAGCAUGAUUUUUCAGGAUGCUUGCAAUAUAAGCCCUACCCCAAAAAUAAGCCUCAGUUAAGCUCAUUAGCAGACAGAGGCGUUUAGUACUAUAUUUUCCCCAAAAUAAGACCUAACUGGAAAAUAAGCCAUAAUGCAUCUUUUGGAGCAAAAAUUAAUAUAAAACCUGGUCGUCUUUUGGGGGAAACAUGAUAACAUGAUUACAUUAAAAAACACACACACACUUUGAUUGACAAGUUACAUAUAUGGGUAAUUCUACUCGCAUAUGUUCUUGCCAUGGCAACAUCUCUAAAGCAUUCAGCAUUCAGCAACGAGGCCAAGGCUGUGAAUAAAAUCAAGUGCUUUAACAACUCCUGUUGCAUCUGUUCGAACCGAACGGGAUUGUCUUGGAACAAUUAACGGGAGGGGUUUUGCAGUUCAGGUGGACGUCCACUGGGUGGUGACAAAGAUCAAGAAUAAUUCAGUAACAUUUCUUCAAAUCGAAUUGCGAAGAGUAUUUUUGGGGGGAAGAUUUCCAUCUUCUAAAUCUAUUCCUUUUACUUUGGCCAGCCUAUUGUUCACAUCGAAGUACCUUGAGUAGCAGAGCUAGAUUUUAUUUUUAUUUUUAUUUUUUAAAAAAAAGAAACAUUUCCCCAAAACACUUCAUUGCAACCAUACUUGCUCUCUAGUGCUGGUGGUAACAAUUAAGAUUCAAAGAAUUCUACUGAACUACAGUGGUCCUCGACUUAACAGUCGUUCAUUUAGUGACCAUUACAGUUACAGCUGCCCUGAAAAAAAGCGGCUUACGACCAAUCCUCUCACUUAACCACCAUUGCAGCAUCCCCCACAGCCAUGUUAUCAAAAUUUGGCCCCUUGGCAACCAGCGUACUUUUUUUGAUAGCUGUAACAUCCUGGGGGACAUGAGAUGGCCAUUUGUAACUUUCCCAGCUGGCUUCCGACAAGCAAAGUCCAUGGGGAGGGGGUGAGCCAGAUUCAUUUAACAACUAUAUUAUUUAUUUAUUUAUUCAUUUAUUUUAUUAGAUUUCUAGACCGCCCUUCUCCCGAAGGACUCAGGGCGGUGUACAGCCAAGAUAAAAAUAAACAAUGUACAAUUAAAAAUAAAUUAAAAAACUUAUUAUACAGUUAGGCCGAUAAAUUAAAAUAUAUAAUCUAAAAAAAACCCAAUUUAAAACUAAAUAACAAUUAAAUUUAAAAUCUACCCAAUUUAAGAAAGCCCCGCGCGAACAAACAAAUAUGUUUUCAGUUCACUAACUAAAAAUAUGUUUUAUUCACUUAACAACUGCAACGAUUCACUGAACCUGGGCCAAAAGGUUGUAAAAUCAGAUACAACUCACUGAACAACCACCUUGUUUUGUUUUUCUUUUGAAGCCCUUUCACUUCCCAUCCAAGAAGCUUCUUCUGUUCUGACAGGAUGGUGGGGAAUGGAAGGAUUUAUAUUCCUUGUUAACAGGUGGUCAUUUGCACCCUUUUAGAGGGUCAUUGAGGCCACUUGGAGGUUUAUCUGUGUCCUCAGAGUCACCUGAAUGGUGCAAAUGGUUCCUGUAGUCUGCAGUUUUUUCCUCUGGAAAUCUGUUCCUACUCCCACACACCAUUCCAAGGGUAUCCAUCCCAAAUUGUAUAGCUAAAAUCCUGUAGAGACUCGGGUCACGGUUGUCCCAAAGGUGCUUUUUCAGGAGGCAACUGGACUUUCUUGUUUUUUCUUUUGAAGGUGUUUCAAUUCUCAUCCAGGAAGCUUCUUCAGCUCUGACAGGAUAGUGGGGGGAUGGAAGGAUUUAUAUUCCUUGAAGACAGCUGGUCAUUUGCAUCCUUUUUGCAUCAGAUGCUGAGGGAAGAGAAGCAAAUGUGGUGUUUUGCUUUAGAGCAGCGGUUCUCAACCUGUGGGUCGGGACCCAGUUGGGGGUCGAAUGACGAUUUGCCAGGGGUCGCCUAAGACCAUCGGAAAUAUGGGAAGUAUACUUGCGAGUCGAAGAAUCGCGCUCCAAUGGUUGACUCCACCAGCCAGCUGCAGGCUCUUCAAAUCGAAUUAAAAAAGAGAGAAAUCUUUGCUCUGAUGUCUCCCUCUCAAGCCAGCUGCAAUCACUCCCAAUCGCUAGCCUAAUCUGGCUUCAGGCGCGAUAAACUUAAUAGGGGAGGAGUCUCCGCUUUAAUGCCUCCGUCCUCAAGGCAAUCGCAAGCAGUUCAGAUUGCUAGCCAAUACAGCUUCAGGCGUGAUAAAUUCAAAACGAAAAUAAUUUUAUGGUUGGGGGUCGCCACAUCGUGGGAAAUUGUAUUAAAGGGGUCGCAGCACUAUAAAGGUUGAGAACCACUGCUUUAGAGACAGUUCUGAGUUAGACAUCCACCUGUUUUGGAUGCAGCAGAUUCAUAUUUAUUGUACCGGGCAGAGAACUGACCAAGGGCCUCCCCCCUGUCUUGACUGCCUAUGGAGAAGAUCAGUGCUAUCAGAACCGAUCCCAAGGGAAAACAAAAAACCCUCGUGUUUGUAGACUGUUUCUCAACACGGCCCGAUGGUAUUCCUGGAUAAUCUGAAGUAAAGGUAGUCCUUGAGUUGCAACUAUAAUUGGGACCGGAACUUCUUUUGUUGCUAAGCGAUGUGGUUAUUGAGUGUGAGCUGUGCCCAACUUUGCUGUGGUCUGUGGUCACUAAGUGAAUUGACUUUCCCCCAUUGACUUUGUUUGUCGGAAAGCCAGCUGGGAAGGUUGCAAGUGGCGAUCACAUGAUGUUGCAACUAUCAUAAAAUACCUGCCGGUUGCCAAGCAACCUGAAGUUUGAUCACAUGACCUCUGCAAUACUCCUAAAUGCAAGGAUCGUCGUAAGUCACUUUUUUUCAGCACUCUUUUUCCGAACAUUUGUUAAACAAAUGGUCAUAAUCGGAAGACUACCUGUGUCAUAAUGAGUGUUGCAACGAGUUUCGUCCCAUAGAAAGCUUGGCUUUUAGGCAAUUUCCUCCCACUUUUUAUGGUAUAUUUGCCCUGGCUGACUUCGUGUGCUUCGCUUCGUUUGGUUUGGAAAGUUUCAAUUGAACUCUGAAAGAUGGUUUGUCUUUUGUUGGCUGUGGAUUGUAAUUGAGGCUUUUGAUGCAGUA